AUGGCUUGGACUGAGGAAAAAUGGGAACGGAGUGAAGCGAAGCGUGCUCUUGAAAGCGAUCUAACGUUGGGAUACUGUCCCAUCGAUCCCAGGAGGAUGUCCGUUAAGGAUACUUGGGACCAGCUCUAUGAUUCUCACGAGGAAUUUGAUGGCAUGGCUUUCAGUUUCUUUCGCAAACAAUUGACUGCCCUUCGCAAAAAAUGGAAAGAUAUAAAGAAAGCUGAAUGGGUGGCGCAGUGGGAAACAAGCGAAGCUAAAGCGCUUCUUGAAGACGAUCUGGACAACGAAAUGCUCCCCGUUGAUGCUGCGUCCAUGUCUGCUAGGGCGGCAUGGGACGAAAGGUACAUUGGUGAAGUAGAGUUUGAGUUUAUGGAGUUCGGCUUCUUUACCGAAAAAUUGCAAGCCGUGCGGAAGGCGUGGAAAGAGAAGAAGUUAGCUGAAUGGCAGAAAAAUUGGGAUCAAAGCGAGGCAAAAAGGAUCCUUCAAGACGAUCUUGACUCAGGAUUCCUGCCGAUCGCUGCCAAGGAAAUGUCGGCUAAGGACGCUUGGGAAGAGACCUACAGUCUUCACGGAGAAUUCGCUGGCAUGAAUCUGAGCUUCUUCAGUAGGCAGUUGGCAGUUUUGCGAAAAGAAGCAAAGAAGAAAGAGGCAAUUGAUUGGAAGCCAAGCGCUGCCCGAUUGAUCAUUAUCUAUGAUCUUGCAGAUGGGGUUCUCGAUAUCGACGAAGAUCGCUUGCCCGCACGGGAUGCAUGGAACGCGACCUACAAAGACCUGCCCGAAUUCCAAGAAGUCCCUUACUGGCAAUUCGAAGAGAAGCUAAAGGAUCAUCGUGAAUCACAACAACAAUCAGUUGUACAAUCGUGCAAAGACGAACUGACACUGGCGCAUGAUUUGAGUCUUUUUCAUGUUAAGACGCACAACGACCGCGGUGAGCUAAGAUUUUGCAUGACAGAUGCAAAGAAACUUCUUAGGGAAGACGUUGCGAGAGGACUGCACAAGGGAAUCACCCCCAAACAAUUUCAAAGCUCACGAAAGGCGUAUCAUCCAUUCAAAGCAAGAAAAUUCAAGGAACGAAUUUAUCAGGAGGUGAGGUACCAGAAGUUUGUGGCAUAUCUGGCAGACAAGCGAGAAAAGAAGCUAAAGGAAGCUCGUAGGAAAGACCAGGAAAAGAAAGAGAAAGAGGAAAAAAGGAAGCAGAAGCAGAGGGAAAUGGAAUUGAAGAAGGAAGAGGAAAAGAAGGAGAAAGCCGAAAAAAAGAAGCAGCAGCAAAGGGAAAAGGAAUUGAAGAAGCAAGAGGAUAAAAAGAAGAAGGAGCAAGAGAAGGAGGAACAAGCUAUAGCAAAGUAA